GUCAUGUUCCAAGUUCUGUUUAAAAUAGGGGCAUAUAUACAAUGGGUUGGCACGGUAUCGUCACCUUAUUAUUGCCCUUGCUAGCUGUAGGCCUUCUUACAAAGAAUGCGAUCGCGGUGCAAGGCUGUUCGGAAGAGCCCAUCACGAGCCUUGGCAUAUUGCUGCCGUGGUAUGUGGGCCCCUGGGACACUCAAGCAUAUGACGUACUGGCCUCCUAUGGCCCUCGCUGCCUGGUGUAUGCCAUCGUCACCGGCGACGACAGCGGGCCGCCGACCAACAGCUUCGACCUGUACACCAGCGCCUUCACCAAGCUAACGAAAGCCGGUAUCAAAUUAUACGGCUACGUGCACACGAUGGCUGACGUGUCCGCACAUAAGGCCCGCCCGCUAGCUGAUGUGGUGGCUGACGUGAAUGCUUGGUACGACAAGUUCGGAUCUUUGUUGCUGGGCAUCUUCCUUGAUGAAGUGGAUGGUGCCACGGUCAACGUCAAGGCUCAGACGUACUACAGUUCCAUUGCCGACGCGGUCCGGCAGCGCAGCUCCACCGCCCGCGUGAUGUUCAAUCCGGGCACCGCCAUCACAUGCAAGCUGGCGGCACUGGCGGACGUCUACGUGCGCUUCGAGUCCUACGCCUCGGACUGGGCCACAGAGUACGCUGCCGGCGCGCGUUGCGACUGCGCCGACCAGGCCGCCUGCGCGCUGCUGCUGCAUGGCCUUGCGCCGCCUUCCGCCUCCUCCUCAAGUACGGCCGUCAAGCCGUCUGGCGCUACCCCGCUGGCCACCAUGCUUAGCACGCUGGUGACUCAGGCGGAGGGUCGGGCCUUCUCCUACAUCUUCGCGACGGAUCACGACAUGCCUGACCCAUGGGACGGUCUGCCGAGCUACUUUGACGCGCUGCUAAAUGCGGUGGCGCCGUUCACGACACCGCCGCCAGGGCAGGCACCCAAACCCUCUCCUCCAUCGCCACGGCCACCACCACCUAAGUUGGCUUCGCCGCCGCCACCACCACCACCGAAAUCGGCUUCGCCGCCGCCGCCGCCGCCACCGAAAUUGGCUUCGCCGCCGCCGCCGCUUGUAGUGAAGUCGCCGCCCCCCCCGCCGCCCUCACCCAAGGCAUCACCACCUCCCACGCCCCCGCCACCAUCGCCAAAGCCGCCGCCCCCUACGCCACCUCCAGCAAAGUUGUCGUCGCCACCGCCACCAAAGUCGUCGCCGCCGCCGCCAAAGUCGUUGCCGCCACCGCCAAAAUCGUCGCCGCCACCUCCGCCAAAAUCGUCGCCGCCACCUCCGCCAAAGUCGUCGCCGCCACCUCCGCCAAAGUCGUCGCCGCCACCUCCGCCAAAGUCGUCGCCGCCGCCGCCAAAGUCGUUGCCGCCACCGCCAAAGUCGUCGCCGCCACCUCCGCCAAAGCCCAUGCCGCCCCCUCCGCCGCCAACACCGCCUCCGCCAUCCUCCAAGCCAAGCCCGGCGGGCGUGUGGCGACCCACGGGUCAGUUGCGCUGGCAAUGGCAACUCAGCGGUGAGGACUUCCGCCCCAUGCUGCGCACCCGGCCUGAGGUUAUCGAUGUCGACGCCGACCAGGUGUCGAAGCUGCUGGCCCAGGCUGCGGAAGUGGGAGUGGCCCGCUCCAGCUUCAAGCUCAUCUGCUACUUCAGCGUGGGCACCUACGAGCCCGGCCGCGCAGCUGACGACCUGACCCUCCGCAACAUCUCCUGGGCGGCGCUGGAGAAGCGACUGGGCGGCGGCAGCGCCUCCGCCGGUGCCGCCGCUCCCGGUCCGCUGUACCUGGCCUACCUGGACGGUCCCUUCAGCGAUGAGAGGUGGCUGGCCAUCGACCUGCCAGCAACGCGGACGGCCCUGGUUAACGAGGUGAUGCUGCCCCGCAUGCGCGCCGCCGCGGCUUCUGGUUGCGAUGGGAUUGAGAUGGACAACGUGGAUGCGUACGGCAACGUGCCGCCCACCUCCUCCCAGUCCCGAGGCGUCACCACCGCGCACCAGCUCGCAUACAACGCGGCCCUGCUGGACGCGGCGCACGCGCUGGGGCUGUCGGCGGGGCUGAAGAACGCACUGGCGCUGCUGGGCGCAAACCUGCCGGACGGGCGCGCGGUGGCGGACGCGUACGACUGGUUCCUCAACGAGCGCUGCUGGGAGUUUGAUGAGUGCGACUACUACGGCAAAUACGUGAAGCGCCCCGCCUCCGUCAUGGGUGUCGAGUACUGCGACUCCAAGCAGCAGUUCGGCACCGGCUCCCGCAACCUGCGCCCCGAGUGCGUCUGCGCGCUGGCCAACCGCAGCCCCGCGCCCGGCAACCCCUCUCCCGGCGUGGCAGCCCAGGUGAGCCUCAGCUGGCUGGUCAAGACGGUGGACCUGUCGGCAGUGGGACUGGACUGCAGGCAGCUGUGCGGCGGGGGAGGCUACAGCGGUCUCAACGUGACGUGCGCGCUGCCGACGGGAGGCAGCGUGUCGGGGUGCGUGAAGAACACGCCCGCGAACCUGUGUCCGUCGUACGGUGUGAAGUAAGCGGGCUGCUAUAAGGGUGAGGAGGAGGAGGGAGGGAGGGUGAGGAGGGUGAGUUGUGAACUUGUAAUGGAGGAAUGAGUAGAGCGGAUUGUUUAGCUACCGUACAACAUAGGCGCGCGUUUCUUGUGUAGCAGUUGGUUUGUUUGAACCUUGCUUGUUUGUGAAGGUUGAAGGUUUCGUGACGGGUCCUUGCAUGCUAUACCGUACCUACAACUGCCGGGUUUCACCAUCGGGAUAGCAGUACAUGCUCUCUUACUCGAAGCUUGGAAUGCAGCGCGUGUGUGCGCCGUGCGGCCAUUGUUGUCUGUAGCUGUUUAUCUGUACAACCCUUGCGCAAUAUGCUGCGCGCCGGAACACAACAUGGAGAACAGGAGAUCAGCCAUAUUCCUGUCACAGUCAUAUAGGAUCUCGCAAGCAUAGGAUCUAUACCAGUCAUAGGAUCUAUAGCUGUCACUGGUGCAUUUGCAGCAUCUGGAGUGUUGGUGUUGGGGUGGUGGCUGUAUGGAGGGGGUGGCAUGCUGUUUCUGUUAUGGUAACUUUGUUUAGGUGUGGUAGUGAUCGCCGCCUGCCCGCCAUGACACGCCCUUGUAGCUGUUACCGGUUAUCGGCUAUCGUUGCUCACGUCGCGUUGUCCUAAAUCCUGUGCAAGCUGCUGCAAGCGGGAGACCCCAGUAGUCGUUUGGCGGCCGGCAGAAGCAGCUUAUGAGUGACCGUUAUUAAUGCCGGGCUAGCAGUCGGCGGGGCUUCGGUUGUGUGUGUAUUGAUGUUUUGUAAUCACCUUAACUAUGCGAUGAUGUUGUUAUGAGGAUGCCGCCUGCUUGGUGACCUCCUGUUGUGGCCCUUUCCAGUACUGUUUCUGCCGCUGGCUGUUGGGUCUGACGGAUCUAAGGUUCCGUAGGGCCCGGUGACACGCGACAGAAGUAAUACCGUCUCAUUCUGA